AUGAUAAGGCGCUCACGGGCGAUCGCAGGAACGCUCAAGUACUUCAGUGAGUUCCCCUCGCCGGUGUGCAUCUACAUGGGACCCCUGCCGCAUGUAGCCAUUUUCGAUCCCGAACAGCUGCAGGUGGUUCUGCAUUCUCAGAACUGCCUUGACAAAUCCGUCCAAUACUCAUUUUUGCGAGUUUCCGAAACAUUGAUAAGUGCACCUGCUCACCUGUGGAAAGGUCAGAGAAAGGCUCUGAACCCUUCGUUUGGACCUGCCAUUCUCAGUAGUUUUGCAGACAUCUUCAACAAGAAAUGCGUCAUGCUGACGGAGCGACUGGGGCAGUACGUUGGAAAACCAGAACGUAACUUCUAUCGAGACAUUUCCAAGUGUACUCUGGACCAAAUCUAUGCGACCGCAUUUGGAUGCGAUUUCAACAUGCAACAAUCACUAGAUGGAGAACGCUCAUUGGAUCUGCAGGAAGCAUACAUGAAGCUCAUGGCAGCUAGAUUUUUUACAGUGUGGAAGUAUCCGGAAUUCAUCUAUCGUAUGACUAAAUCAUACAAAAAAGAAUUAGAGCUCCGUAAAAUAUAUCAUGACAGUAUUACGGGAAAGAUGGUGCAGCAAUUAUGCGUUGAAGAAAAUCUACGCAGCUCAGACGAGCAGAAGCCUACAAACGAAGAUACUGGCACCAGAAAACCUCAAAACUUUAUCGAAUGCCUUAUAAAGUAUUUACGUGUGGGUGGUCAAGCUUCCAAGGAUAAGUAUCCCGUGCGUGUGGGAACUCAAUCGUCCAAAGAAGACGUGUUUCCACACGUUGAUAUGACCAUAUUUGCGGGUAAUGAUACAUCAGCAAAGACCAUUUGUUCCAUUUUGCUCAUGUUGGCAAUACAUCCGGAAGUGCAAGAACGUUGCUAUCAGGAACUCAUGGAAGUCUGUCCGGAGGAGGAUCAACCUAUUUCAUACAAAGAUGCCGCAAACCUAACGUACCUGGAAAUGGUGUGCAAAGAGACUAUGAGACUGCUCCCGGCCGUCCCCAUAAUGGCCCGAGUAACGUCCGGUGACAUAAAACUUAACGAUCGACACACCAUCCCGGCCAAUUGCACCAUAAUUAUGGGCAUCUUUCAAAUACACCGGGAUCCGAAAAUAUGGGGACCAAACGCGGACAAUUUUGAUCCGGAUAAUUUUCUACCGGACAACGUUGCCAAACGGCAUCCUUAUUCGUACAUUCCAUUCAGUGCAGGACCGCGGAACUGCGUUGGAAUGCGCUAUGCCUAUCUCUCCUCGAAAAUCAUGGUCGCACACAUGUUGAGAAAGUAUCGGCUGAAAACAUCGCUCACAAUGAGCCAGCUGAGGAUCCGGUGCGGGUUGCUGCUGCAUAUAUCCAACGGCUGUCAAAUGGCGCUUGAGAAACGGGAAGGCUGGUGA